CAUUCUUAGAAAACAUCUAGAUCUGAAUUAGAUAACUGAAAACGAAAACCGGUUCUGGUAAACCCUGAAUGGGCUGGUCCAUAUAGCACAAGGGUAUCUCUCUCCCCGGAAUUCUCAAAGGAAAAAAAAAUCUGUAUCCCGGCGGUACGCGGGGAAUAGGAUCCGCCGCUCCUCCUCCACUCCUUCCUCUCCUGAGCCCGCGCACGGCCGGCGCCAGCCACCUCGAGGCUUCCCCUCCAUCUCCAUGGACGCGUCCUGCCUCCCAACGGAGGCGGCGACGGGUGCCGACCGCGAUUCGGACCCUCCAAACUCGGGACAGGUAAGAACAGAAGAGGAACUAUACGUGGAAUCCUUUCUAAAGGUUUCACUUCUGCUAGCCAACCAGGAGUUGAUCAAGGUUCAACUUCAUGGCUAUAAGAUGCUUCAGCAUCUCCUGAAAUACAGGAGUGAAAAACUUAGCAGCGCUAAUCUUCUAAAGUUGAUGUUACAGCUGGUUAAAUCCGAUCAUGAUUUAGUUUUAGAGAGUACUGACAGUAGAAGCAGCAUGCCAGAUAAAAGACCCCAGAAUAGUGAUUGGAGUGCGGCACCCACGGGAAUCAAUGAAACAAUUUCUUCUCACCAAGGAAUGGACUGUCCUAUCCUUGCAGAGCAUAAUUUAUUAUGCGAGGCAUUUAUUAUUGCAACGUCUUGUCUAGGGAUUCAGCAAUACAUGGGUAUGCUUCUAUGUCUACUUAAUUCUCUCAACAGAAUAUGGAUCCAGAUGGAGUGGAAUUGUAAAUAUGUGCGUACCAUGUCUGGAUUGAGCAAUCUAUUUUCUGAUGGUCAAUUUUUGAAGAUGUCUUAUCACGUUGUGAAAUUCUGUGAGGAAAAGCUUAUGAAUGGAAUAAACGAGUAUGGUGCUUGUGAUGUGUUCUCCACAGCUCUUUUGGAAUUAAUCAUUCCUCUAUUCUUGCGGCUGCUCCGUUGUAUACAUGUACUUUGGACGGCGGAAAUUGGUGUUGACUUGUUGCCUGCAGAAGUUGAAAAGGCUAAAACCUUGAGCUGUAUGGAGCUUGAUCAUUUGCUUGAAAUUUCUGAUGGGCUGUAUACUAUUGACAGUGAGGAAUCGUUCCGUGAGAAUGAGACAAGGGCACUGUUAGAGGGAACUCGACAGAGGGUGUAA